AUGGAAUAUGAACGUUCAGUGCAGGAAAAGUCUGAACUUCAACGGCACUACAUGAUGUACUAUGAAAUCACUUAUGGUCUGAAUAUUGAAAUGCAUAAACAGACCGAAAUAUCAAAACGUUUGGGUGCUAUUCUAGCCCAAGUUAUUCCGUUCCUCUCUCAAGAACACCAAGCUCAAGUUGCCGCUGCUGUUGAGCGUGCGAAACAGGUAACACUGGGGGAGCUGAACAGCAUAAUAUCGCAACUCCAACAGCAGCAGCUACUUUUUGCCGGAGUAAACCCAACCGGUGGGCAGUUGGGAGCAUUUCCACCCGGUUUGCCGCAUCCACCGUCGUCCACUGUUAACGGAGCCAAUGCUCUCACGUCUUCAGCGGCUAGUGGAAUAAACUCCCUCAGCGGUAACCUCCUAUCGAUGCAGGGCGCCCCUCCCAACCCGUUCGUACCGCCGAUAACUUCAAUCAGCGUGUCAAGCGCCAGCACCACGACCCCAAGUGCCGGCGCUUACCUCGGCCCACCUACUUCUGCCUCGCCCGGCUUCCCUAGCUCAAACCUUGCACAGUCGCACAGCGCUAUGGCUGCAGCGAUGGCGGCAAUGGCUGCUGCCGCCCUUCCAACCCCUCCCACCGCUCCAGCUGCGGCCUUUGGGUUCCCCGGUGUCCAUACUCCAACUUCCACUCCCGGAGGAGUUCCGCCCAACAACAUUCUGCCCACCAUGAUGUCUCCUGCCGCCCUCUCAGCUCUCAUGGCCGAUAAAUCCAUGGACGAGAAGCAGCGCACCGCCGCUGCAGCAGCAGUCGCAGCAGCCAUGACAGCGGCGGCAGCCCAACAGCAAUCCGGCGCCCUGGGCGCGGUCGAUCCGACUGCCAUCAUGGCCACCAUCGCGAGCAUGGCGCAGUCGACCGGAGGCGGCGCCGGGUUCGACCUCUCGCAAACCGCGUGUGCAGCAGCUGCCGCGGCCGCCGCCGCCGGUGUUCUGCCCCCUCCACCCCCUCCUCCGACUCUCCCCGGGGCCCAGGAUGCGCCCCCACUGCCGAAUUCGACGCCAACCGAGCCCCCACCGAGGGCCCAGUCACCGCUCAUCAACGCCACCAGCCCUGCUCAGCCCGUCCGGGCGUCAUCCACCCUCGGCAUCAUCGACUCCAAGCGUCGACGCGUUGAUGGUCGCCACGAAGAGUCCAAGAGUGAUUCUGAAGUCGUAACUAGCCACAGCAACGUCAACCAGGACGCGGUGAGAGACGUCGUAGUGAAUGGAGCGUCAACGACGAACCACAGCCCUCGUGAAAACGGCAGCGACUCGAAGUUUGAGCCAUCCACCACGACCCCGUACGAGCGAACAAAGACCUCAACGCCGUGUAACAGCGGAGGCAAUCGAUCUCCCGUGUCACCUACGAGCGUCGCCCCAACCCUCACAACUCCCUCCGGAGGCAACGCCGCUUCUCCCAAAGCCACCGCCGCUGGUGCUAAACUCACGCCUUCAACAACUCCUGCCGUGAGGCAUGACUCGCUACAUCCCCUCCCUCUGCGCAUCUCGUGUCUGACUCACGCAUGGGAAAUGGGGCUGGGGGUUGCGUCGUGCCUCCACCCACCCCUUCUCGCCUCGCGCUCUCUGCACGUGCCCAAGAGCGUGCACAUCCGGACGCACACGUUUGCGCCUCUGCCACCACCACCUCCUCCUCCUCGUCUGUUUCUCCCUUUUUUUCACUUCCCCAACUGGUUAUUUCUGCAUAAAUUCUCGUCUACCUCACAAGAGUUAACAUCCUCUCCCAUCAUGCUCUUCACUCCCCUCUGCGUCAAAUUUCCCAUAUCGAUUUUCUUCAGCUACCCCCUUGUCACUUGA